AUGGCUUCCCAGCAACUCGCCCGCUUCCAUUCAACCGUCACCCGUUCAUCGCCGACUCCCGUGUCCAACCUUGUCGCUCAACGUCGAGUACGCCCUGUCCCCGCCGGGCUAGGACGUGCAGUUGGAGUGAGGGCUCAAUCGACAGCAUCACCGGCUGGCAACGAGGAGGUGAAGCUGGACUGGAACUCUUUCUUCAAGCUCCGCGCUUCCCGUCGCCGGUACUCCUUGGCCUCUUCCGUUGUAUCCUCUCUCGUGUCCACAACAGUCGGUGUUCAGGUCCUAUCAUCGCAAGACUUGGAGUCCCUAGGGGCCCAGGUCAUGGGUCUGGACCCAUUCAUCGUGCUCGGAUUAGCCACAGCCGCAUGCGGUGCUGUGGGAUGGCUUCUUGGUCCGAUGGUUGGAAAUGGCGUCUGGGGCCUGAUUUAUCGACGAUACAAGCCCUCCGUCAAUACGAAAGAAAAGGAAUUCUUUGAUCGCAUUCGCCGAUUCCGCGUGGAUCCUUCAACUAAUUCAAUUGCCAACCCCGUGCCUGACUACUAUGGCGAAAAGAUUGGUAGCGUCCAAGGAUACCGUCAGUGGUUGAAGGACCAGCGCGCUUACAACCGGAAGCGCCGCAGCUUUAUUGCUUAA